UUCUGUUCUGCAGUGGGCAAACCGUGACAGUGACAGUUGUUUCGAAGAUUUGCAUUAUUGAUAAAUUUGCAGUACUCUUACGAAGCAGGAUCAGUUAAUUUUAUUCAACAAAUGUUUAGUGAAAGAAUCUAACAAUGUGACAGGUGUUGAACUUCCGCAAUUUUACCGUACGGCCAUCACCUAAUCGCAGUAGGCCAAUGUUCUCGGAAGCCAAACAAAACCAAGGACGAAACUAGAGUGAUUAUGCGGAAAAUCAGCCCUUUCCAAUCAGCUGAUGUGUGAUACUGCGGGCUGGACCCUGGCCAACGACUGCAGCAAAUAAAAAUGAUCAAAUCUUAGUGAAGUGAUGUGGCAGGCUACAUUUUAGGCAAUAGUUUCCCUUCCGAUCCUGAAUCGAUCGUACUAGCGUACAACGGCGGUGGUGAAAGCUUCUAUCGCCUAAUCGAACAGGUCAAGUGGCGAAUAGGUGCGGAAAAAUCGAUUUCUCAUGCUAAUUUUUUGCCCCGCCUGAAGAAAGUAAGCAGCAGCAGCAGCAGCCUACUGCCGUGAUGUUGUGCACCGUGCUGGGAAUUGUGCUGGGAGUGAUUGUGGCCCUCUAUGUGCUGUUUGAGCUGCACUAUUUCCUGAGGAUGUGCCUUUGUGUGAUUGCGGCCCGGUAUGUCAAGAAGCGGUUACAUAUUCUGGAUACGGCUACCGUUGGGGGACUUUGCCUCACAAACGACAUCGACACUCUGCUGUACCAUAUGAACAACGCCCGCUACCUGCGGGAAGUGGAUUUCGCCCGGGUUGACUUCUACGAGCGGACACGACUAUACCGGACCAUUGUCAGCAAGGGUGGUUCGGUUGUGCAGGGUGCGACAACCAUUCGCUACAGAAGAUUCAUACGUCCAUUUGCCCGCUUCAGUAUCCGUUCGAGGAUUGUUUACUGGGACGAUCAAUCGAUUUUUAUGGAACAUCGGUUCAUCAGCGCUUCGGAUGGGUUCAUUCACUGCAUAGCCCUGUGUCGCCAGCGAGUCCUUCAGUGCUCUGUGGAGGAAGUAAUGGCGACAUUGCUGAAACCGAGUGCGACUGCCAACAGCUCGACGACAUGCAUUGAAAAGGGGGAGAAUGGCGCCGACGGGGGACUGGUGAGCAACGGCAACGGCAAUGGUGGCGAGUUCAGCUGUAGCAAGUUGAAACCGGAAAUGUCCCGCGAGGUGGCAAAGUGGAUGGAAUGGAAUGAGAUAUCCAGUGCGAGCUUACGGAAUGAAUGCUGAAAAGGGCAAUUACCUUCUUAAUAGAUUUGAAUUUUAUACCGAUACUUACUGGUAGUAGUAUACUAUAAGGUCACUGUUGAUAGUUUCUAAAACUAAUAUGGAAUUUGAUGAUCGAUUAAAUUUAAAACUGAACAUUCUGUGCUUCAGUUACAGAAGAAUUUGUAUUUUGUGGCAUCCUGCUUUCUAUUUACAGCGUCGAAAAUAGGAAACAACCAAUAUAGACAAAUAAAAUAAUUCUAUGACUUAUUGUUGA